AUGCCUGAACGCCGAUUCAUGAUUUGUAACCUCCACAUCAUCAGUGGAAAUCCAGAUGAAAGAGCGACGGAGGAGCAGGCGGAGGAGGCGUUGAUUGAGAUUUUAAAGAAGAUUUGCUCUCCUCUCGAGUCAUCCAACCCACUCAUUUCGAUCCAAGAACACGGAUAUAUGCCUGACGAAGAGUCAGAUAAAGAUGAAAGAUACUGGGUGACAUUUAUCGUCGAUCCACCGACAGCCGACACGAUUCACGGGAAUCGACGUGGAUUGAUGAAGGAGAUUCAGAAAAUGAAUGAAUUGAAAUGGGGAAACGAACGGAAAGAGAAGCAUACGAGAAUGAGAAUCUAUCGGGGAGUGCAGUUCGAGGCGAUUCAGAAGACGUUGAGAAGUGUGAAGAGAAUUCUGGAAGAGGAGACUUUUCCGGAGAGAGAUGGAUUCAAGAUCACUUUUGGGAAGCAAGUGAUUCAGAUAUUCUAUGAAAAAGGGAAUCUGGAGACGUUAUCGAUUGAAAAUGUGAUUGAUGAGCAUUGGGAUGUUUUCAGAGAGGCGGUGAAGAAGCUUGAUGCCGCCGAACGAGAAUCAAUCGAUAAUUUCGUUGAACUCCAUCAUCGAAAAGCCAGAAAACGAGCACUAGUUGGCGAUGACACCAUCUCGAAUGCAGCCUCUCCGCCUACUCCAAAAAUGGUCCGAUUCGCGAAUCCCAUUGAGAAGAUGCGGAUGAUUUCUCCCGUUGAGAGAUCCUAA